CCCUCGCCUUUACCGUAAGACGCCUCGUGGGACUCGCGUUAACCUCUUCAUAGAGGCUCUUACCGUCGUAUAUUACCGGAGCACGUACUCGAAAUAGUCAUGCUGGGGAACCGGCUUGUUAUCGGCCUGGAUUAUGGCACAACGUACACAGGUGUCUCCUUUUGUGAGACGUCAAACACAGCCUCCAUCGAGAACCAGAUCUCCGUGGUCCAGGACUGGCCCUCCAGCCACACGAUGAUCGGCACGAAGGAGAAGGUACCUAGCGAAAUCGCAUACCCUCCGACCGGCAUUCGCUGGGGCUCACUCAUUCCGCCCCACAUGCAGCGCCAUAUGUGGACCAAACUCGAGCUCGACAGCCCUCAGAAAGGCGAAGCUGCGAAGAUCCGUCAAGAGCUGUCCUCAGCAGGUGUCGAUGCGGGCAGUGGCAAACAUCCUGUUGAUGUGGUUGCGGAUUUCCUUGCAGAGGUGAAAGUCCACCUGAUCAAGAACUUGAACAACCAAUACGGAGAGGGAUUGUGGCGCACUUUGCCGAUUACGCUGGUGAUCACUGUUCCGGCUGUCUGGUCAGAUGCCGCGAAAGAUCGCACGUUGCAAGCUGUCCGCAAGGCCGGUUUCGAUGUAACCGAGUUUCCGCAGUUGAAGCGUACAAUCACCACGACGGAACCCGAGGCUGCCGCCAUAUACACUAUCAAAGCUCUGCGCGGGAGUGUCAAGGACGAGCAGCUAGCGGUCGGCGAUGGCUUUGUCGUGUGCGACAUGGGCGGCGGUACCGUCGACUUGAUUUCGUACCGAGUUGCAAGCAUCGAGCCCACCAUUGUUGAAGAAGCAACUAUUGGCAUGGGAGCUCAGUGCGGAGGAAGCUUCGUCGAUCGCGGUUUCCUGCAAUGGUUGGAGAACAAGGUUGGCGUGGAUGAUUUCGUCAAGGUCGCGAACUGUCGCGCAAAGGAUCUGUCUCGCACGUCUCUCCCGGCAAAGCUGGGGAAGAUGGUCCAAGAAUUCUCACUGACGGCCAAGAGUGGAUUCACUGGAAGUGAGGAGUACUAUCUGCGUUUGCCGGCUCCUUUGAGUGCAAUUGAUGAUGAGGAUCGGGGAAUGUGCGAUGGGGAAAUUCAGGUUACCGCAUCAGAUCUGGAGGAGAUGUUCGCAUUUCCGCUUGGCCAGACUUGCGAACUUCUUGUGGAACAGCUUCAGCAAGCACGCGAUUCGGGCAAUGCUAAGGUCAAGUACGUUUUCAUGGUCGGGGGUUUUUCCGAGUCCCCGUACAUGUACCAGAAGAUCAAGAAGCUGGCAGCCGCUCACGGCAUUGAAUCUAUCAGGCCUGCUUAUGCAUGGUCUGCCAUCGUCCGCGGCGCAACGGCAAAAGGUCUCGAAGGAGAUGGACGCACCCCAGUCAAGUACCGCAAAUGCCGCCGUCACUACGGUACUUCCUGUACGCAGAGCUUCGUCUCAGGCAAGCACCGCCAGAACGACUCCUUCGACUGUCCAUAUACGGGGGAGAAGCGUGCUGACAACCAAAUGAACUGGCUCGUCACCAAGGGAGAGGACUUGGCCACGGGCGAGUCAAAGCACGCCUCACUGGAGUUCUACCAGAACUUCUGGCCACGUCAGAAUAGAAAGAUGAAGCUUCGGUUGCUGGCGUCUGACGCCGCAAUGCGUCCGGGUCGAUCAAAGGAUAAGCGCGUGUACAACGUUGCCGAGCUCACCAUCGAUCUGAAUUCGGUGCCAGAGAGCGAGUUCGCAGCGAUGCGAAGCCCUUCAGGAACGACGUUCUAUCGUCUGAAUUUCCAGGUCGAGUUCGCGGUCCAGUCGGCCUUGGAGUUCUGGCUCUCGGUCAAGGGGGUGAAGUACGGCUCGGUGACGGCGACCUACAACUGA